GUAAAUCGCUAUUUCGCAUUGCCAGGAUGUGGCUUCCAGAACGUGGCUGAUGAGUGGGCCACAUGAAAGGGGUUGAAGCGCGUUCCACACACCGCGCGGCACACCUCAUACCUACAACGUCCACUCACUUCUUCGUCCUGUCGACCACACUCCCUUGAUCUUUCGCAUAGCACAGUUUGUGCAAAUCCAUUCUUUUGAGAAGAAGCACACACCCUCCGCAAACGAACGGACAACAGAAGCGACAGCGAGCGUCCGAAGCGCAAAACCACACAUUCCCUUAAUUAACGAAACACUACAUCACUACCAACACCACCAUGAGGACCACCCUCGCCGCACUCGCGCUGGCCGCAGUGCCUGCCGUUCUCGCCGUCGAAAAAGGCAUGCACGGCUUCGCCCUCGGCACCAAGAACCCCGACGGCACCUGCAAAUUCCAAACCGACUACGAACAAGACUUCGACGCAAUCAAAGCCGCUUCCGGCUCGACUCUCGUGCGCGGCUACUCCGCCUCGGACUGCAACUGCGCACAAGAAAUUCUGCCAGCUGCCAAAGCUAAGGGCUUCAAAGUCGUUUUGGGCGUUUGGCCUGAUGUGGAGGAGAGCUUCAAUAAGGAUAAGGGAGCUUUGGUGGACCAUGCAACGAAGUUCAAGGAGCAGGUCUAUGCUGUAACUGUUGGGUCUGAGACUCUUUACAGGGGUAAUUUUACUGGAGAGGAGCUGUUGGAGAAGAUUUUGGAUGUCAAGGAGGCAUUGGGUGGAGAUGUGAAGGUUGGAACAGCGGACUCGUGGAAUAAGUGGGCAGAUGGAACUGGUGAUGCUGUGAUCAAUGGAGGUGUUGAUCUGAUCAUGGCAAACGGUUUCUCGUACUGGCAAGGUGCUGCUGCUGGCGACAAGGCCAAGGAGGUGUAUCUGGAUGACAUCCAGCAGGCCCUAGGACAUAUCCAGGAAGUGUCCGGUUCGCUCGAUGCUAUUGAGUUCUGGAAUGGCGAGACUGGCUGGCCGACAGAUGGUGGAAGUGACUACGAGGCUGCCGAGGCCGGUACCAAGAAUGCAGAGGCUUUCUACCAGCAUGCUUUCUGCGGUGCUCUGGACUGGGGCAUCAACGCUUUCUUCUUCGAGGCCUUCGACGAACCAUGGAAGCCAGAGUCCAUCGGUGACAACGGCGUUGCCAAGGACGAGACCAAAUGGGGCGCAAUGACUGCCGACCGCAAGACCAAGUUCAACCUCCAGUGCUAAGCUCGCACGCCCGAGACACCUGACGACACAAUAUGGCUGCUCAUCUCAUCUGCAUUGGGUUGCGAGGGAUCUCUCAGAACCGCCUACGUAGCGUGACUCGGACUGCUGGGGAGCGUGAGAGAGCGUUAAGCACGUAAUUUACGAGAAUACAUAGUGCCAGCACUCCAAUACCGAGCGGCAUUGCGCCUCUCUCACCCUCGCCUUCGGCUCGAGCUCCUUUGUUGCCUCUACGAAAUAAUACCAUCUUUUUUGAGGGCCUAUGCCUUACGCGC